AUGGUGAGCGGCGACAUGGUGGUUGAACUGGAGCGUCUGCACACCUACGCUCGACUACAGCUUCUCGUCAGGGAUUUCGUCCAUGCAGAGCCGGAGUAUGAGAAAAAGCACCCCAAAGGUCCUCAAUGGUCCCGUCCAGGGUUGAAAGAAAUGAAAGACGCUGAUUCGAUUCCGGUGGGCUGGGCCCAAUCACAACCAUCCGGGAAGGUUUAUUGGUCAAGGGGCCACUGA